ACUCGUAGCUCAUACCCUCCUUGUUCUUCUUGUUUUCUUUCCCCUUCCGAUGUCUCACGGUGGAGUUCGGUGAGACGGAGGGAGAGAUGGAGAGAACAAGGGAGUGAGUUUGAGGCGUUGUGAAGCGGUUUACAUGCCCAUUCGGAUUUGGGCGCGCAUCAGGUCCUGCUGCUUCUUCUUCUCCUCGGCCGCCUUGUCCUUCUUGGUCGGGGAUGACGAGGAGGAGGAGGACCCGGACGACUUCUUCUCGUCCUUGACCAGCAGGGGCUUGAGGUCUGAGGAUGUCAUGGUGCUCGCGAUGGAGGCGGCGUCGGCGUCUCGCGUUUGCUGCUGCUGGCUGCUAGAAGCUGUUGGUGAAGAAAAGGGCGUGUUAGUUUGCUGGGGACUCUUUGGUAGGACAGGAGGUCGUACUCUGUUGGGACGACAUCUUGGUUGCGGUUGCUCAGAGCUACUAUUGUGGUCUUGAUGAUGUCUGAUUCAGGGGGGCCUUGGCUGUUUGUGUGGUCGAGCGGGUGGAUUGUUUGCAGAAUGGAAGAAGCUG